AUAAGUUUCUCUGUUUGCAGAAGUUGGUUCCUGCCUUUUAUCCAAGUUGUCUGUUUCAAACUCUGGAUUUUGGAGGAUUCUUUGGUUAAUUUGCUUCUCAUCUCAUACCCUGAUAGCUAGGCCGCUUAGCUUUCCUUUUCUUUUCUCCUACUCCUGACACAGCUUGUCCACUGCUCGCUGCCUACUCCUCACUCACAUUCGCUGUUAUUACAAAUUUCUAGUACGAGGUACCCACUGGAAAUGCAGAGAAAGUCGCUGUUAUUACAAAUCUCUCAGCUCAACAAACUCCGUUGCCUAUUCUAUCAAAGCUCCUUCUUCUCAUCUGAAAAGACCCAAACUUUCCCUUUAUUCCCCGACAAAAAUGACGAUCCUCUGUACUCAGACGUGCCCAAACCACGCACAGACAAGUCCGAGAGGAAACCGUACCCGACACCCAUGAAAGAACUGAUUAAAAGAGCCAAACAAGAGAAAGAAUUGAGAAAUGCCCAACCUUGUAGAUUGCUCGAACAUCCACCCGACAAUGGGUUGUUGGUUCCUGAACUCGUCGACGUCGCUCACCGAGUUUACCGAGCUCGUGAAUUCCUCCUCUCUGGUUUGUCCAAACUCGUUCAAGUCAUCGCGGUUCAACGCUGCAGAUUUUGUUACGAGGUUCAUAUUGGAAACAUGGGUCAUGAAAUCCGUACUUGUUUUGGUCUGAAAAGCGGUUUGAGGAGUGCGACUCAUGUCUGGAGGAAGGGAGGGGUGGUUGAUGUUGUUUUUUUCCCCAAAUGUUUCCAUCUCUAUGACCGAGUUGGGAAACCAAGGGUUGUUCAUGAUGAGAGGCACAGUGUCCCCCAAAUCCCCGCAAUCUUAGAGCUUUGUAUCCAAGCUGGUUUAGACAUUGAAAAGUACCCUUCAAAGAGAAGAACAAUGCCUGUAUACUCUAUUGAAGGUAGAAUUGUAGAUUUUGAGUCAGUUUCCGGGAUGAAUGAUAUGGAGAGCUACUUGUUUUUGAAGAAUCUUGAUGGCUCCAAAGUUGGUGGAUUGACAAGUGAUUCAAAUUUGGAGCUAAAUGAUGAAGAAAACAACUUAACAGAGUUAAGUACAAGGACGUUGGAUUCAUGGUUUGAAAUGAUAGGAGGUGUGAAAAAGAUCAUGGAGAAGUACAGUGUGUGGACAUGUGGCUAUUGUCCUGAGGUUCAGGUUGGUCCGAAGGGGCAUAAAGUUAGAAUGUGCAAAGCAUCAAAGCACCAGUCUCGAAAUGGUUUGCAUGCGUGGCAAGAAGCAACUACUGAUGAUCUUGUUGGGCCUAAUUAUGUCUGGCAUGUUCUUGAUUUGAAUGGUCCUCCUCUGCGUAAUGAUUUGAAGAGAUAUUAUGGUAAAGCCCCAGCUGUGGUGGAGCUAUGUGUUCAGGCUGGUGCACCUGUUCCAGAUCAGUAUAGAAGCAUGAUGAGAUUAGAUGUGGUUCCUCCUGAUCGAGAUGAAGUUGAUCUUGUGGCCUGAAUUGCUCUUUUAUGCAGAGGUAUUCCAUGUAUCAACCAAAGAGCUCCUGACAGCACCAUUUGGUGCUGGGUUUUACAGUUCUGUUGGAUUGCAUUUGCAACUAACUGAGCCUUAACAACUUGGUCUUCAGGUUUCAAAUGUGAGAAGCGGCAUCUGGCAGCUCAGUUCAAGUUGCAAAUGGGUUAUUUUUGUCCCAAUGCUGAAAUUUCAAUUCUUGAUGUUCUUACGAUAGCUCAUUCUUUUAGCUGACCAUUUGAUAAAAGAAUUUGCAAGCAAAGCCUACUAGAGUUUUAUUAGCUGGUUGAUAAUGAGGCUGCUAAUGGAUCAGAAUCUUGGUGAAAAAUUUUAAAAGACAUUACUGCUAGUACUAAAGGCUUAAGGUCUACUACUAAGGUUUCUUGAUUCAGAAAAUCAGUUUUUUUUUUCCCCUUGAUAUCGAAUGGGCUUAGAAGAGGAUUUUGUUUUGAAUGUAAGAUCGAUUGAUUCUCAUUCAAUAAUGUUUGAAUGAGAAUCAAACAUGUUUGAAAUUGACCUUUUUGUUUUGAAAGAUUUAACCUUUGAAAUGUAAAAUUCUUUUAUUAAAAGGAAAAUUUUUUAUUCUUACAUCUUGAGUAGUGAAAAUUAAAGAAUCUAACUUUUUUUAUGUUUUUGCUUUGCAAGCAAAAAGCCAAAAGGUGGGUUAUAUUACUAAAGCUGUAAGCUGUAAAAUAUAUGAAAAGUCCUUCGGAAUGGAUUGUGAAUUUAUGUUUGCUAUGAAUGUGAGCUUAUGUGUGGCUACCAUAAUCACUUUUGUGUUAUGAAGUUCACAGUUUUGUCCAUCUUCCUCAAGUUAUCAUUUUCACAUUGUCCCACUUUUACGCUUUUGUUUAUUGGGAGCUGUUACAGUGAUUGAGAUCAACUAAAUGGAACUAAUUUCUUGAAUUUUGACAGCCCUGUACCUGAAUAGAGAAGAGGCAAGAAGUUCAUGAAUGAAUUACAGACCAUGCAUCCACUAGAUGCCAAUAAAAUGGCAUUAGAGAGCCAAGCAUCUCAUUCUAUUGUCCCUGUGUCACAGUCAUAGGGAGGAGCCAUGAAUUUUACAUCGGCUGUGUAUUAGAGUUGGUCAUGAGAUAUAAGGAUUUACACUAAGGGGGUUUGAAGUGGACAAUAUUUCGUAAGGAUGUGAACCGUAAUAGUUAGGUUGAUUUGGGACGUCAGAUGAGUUCAUGCCUAGGUCUUAGAGCCUCACGAGCUUGGAGGUUGAGUCUUGAUUCGUGACAAGUGGUAUCAAAGCCAGUAUUAGGGGUACUAGCGAUGUGUCACCGAGGACGAUGGGCCUUCGCUUGGAGUAGGAGAUAUAAGAAUUCACACCAUCACCUCCUUGUGAGGGCCUUUUUUGGGAACAAAACCGUGAGGUUAAGGGGGAUCGAAGUGGAUAAUACCUCACAAGGGUGUGAACCGUGACAGUUAAGCUGAUCUGAGAUGUGGAUGAAUUCAUGUCCUGAUCUUAGAGCCAUACGAGCCUGAAAGUUGAAUCUCGACUCAUGACACCUGCGCAUACUUGUCUUACUUGUCUUUCUGAUCCUGCACAAGGUCUGGCUGCUCAUUGCAAUGGUACUGCCAUACAGGAAAAAGAAAUUGAUGUGUGUGACCAGGAACAGCUUUUGGGCUUUAUAUUUAUGUGCAAUGGAAGAACAAAACCACAGUGCUAUAGGUAUCGUGUUUUUGGUCUUCCUGUUGGAAAAUUGGGGCCUGUUGAGAAAAUCAAGCCAGGCAUGAAGCUUAUUCUGUAUGAUUUUGAGUUGAAGCUUCUCUAUGGUACGUGCGUGGCGACCUCUGUUGGAACAUUGGACCUGGAACAAUCUGCUUUCAGUGGGAGGUUUCCUACCCAGGCAAGUCACCUUGUCGUUUAACAUGGCUUUAAUUGUUCUAACGAUGGGGAUGUUGAUAGUCUGUCACUUUAUUAUGAUAUGAACUUGUAAAUACCCAAAAUCGAUGAUAAAGGAAAACUUUUGAGCUUCAACCGAAAGCCUAAUUUUGGUUGAUUGGUAAUGUACUAGGAUAAAUGAUACAUUCAACUGUAUGGUAAAGUGGAGGGAUGUGAUCUGUAUCCAGCAUUAGAAAGAAAGAUUCAAGUGGCAAAAUGCUGACUACCUUGGUUAUUUUGAUGCAAAUAUCAUUGCGGAUGAAUAUUGGAGCAUCUAUUGCAGGUUGAUCUUGACUAAGACCCACCAACUUGGUAUAGAUUUCCUUGUCACAAGUGUGAAAUCUUUGGUCCUUGGGCUGUUGGGACCUCACUCUAUUUAGUAAUCCAAUUUUUGAUUGCCAUAAAUUUCAAAGUGGAUUGAUAUGGAAUCAGAUUAUUACUAUAUGUGAUUGUUUUCAGCAAGCUAAGGUGUCUUACCUGAAGUGAAGGGUAGCAAGUAGAUAAUUGGCAUUUGUAUAUAUUUGCAUGUCUGCAUCUACUUCCACUCCACUACUCCACCACCAUUAUUACUCUAGUGGUUGACCUCUUGGCCUUCGUGCCCGUUGACUCCAUGACUUUUUUUAUGGAACAUCACAACAUAAUCUCUUUGGAAUUGGCUGGCUCUCAUGUCAUGCCUCUA